CGACGGCGUAGGGUAGUCGCCCACUUGAGUCAGCUCUUCCCUGAACAUUCCAACUGCCACGAUGUUCUCCUUCACCAAGCUUGUCCCUGCUGCCAUCGCCGUCGCUCUGUUCGUGUGCAAAGGCUAUGCUACCACCGGCGAAGCUACUUAUUACCUGCCUGCCGGCGGAUACGGUGCCUGUGGUCGCCAACUCCAGAACAGCGACUUCGUCGUGGCGCUCAGCCCUUCCGAGUACGCCUCGGGUGCAAACUGCUUCCGUAGCAUGAGCGUGCAAUACCAGGGCAGAUCCGUCGAAGUGACCGUCGCUGACCUGUGCCCCAGCUGUGCCGUCGGCCAUAUCGACCUGUCUGAAGGCGCUUUCGAGCAGCUCGCUAAUACCGGUUUGGGAGUCAUCUCCCCCGUCACCUACAACUACAACUAGUUGGGUUUGUGGAGACGUCUGCUUGAUGUCUUGUAGGAUGAAGGAGAUUUGUUGUAGCCGCAGCUGUGAAGAAUAGGGGAGGUAUAUUUGUGGAAUUAGGUUACAGGUGUAUGUUCCCCGAAGCGCGUCUUGCUAUAUGCUCACUAU